AGGCGUCAGUUGCGAAUGAAAGACUGAAGAGUCAGAGAGAGAGAGAGAAAGCUCUAUUCUCCAAAGCCAAUGCUCUCUAGAGCGAUUGAGAAAACAAAAAUAAUAUAUAAUUCUCAGAAAUUCUGUAGAACCUUCCGAUCUGGGCUGCCAAUCUUUGUUUCCGGUUGUUAGAUUUCUUCGCUGCGUAGUUUAGGGGUUUUCAUGCUCAACUGAUAUCGAUCUGUGAAGCUCUAAAUCUUUGUGGUAGUUUUAUUCGGGUUCCUCAGCUGCACAGCCAUGUCUUCGCUUAGCAGAGAACUAGUGUUUCUCAUACUUCAGUUUCUCGACGAAGAGAAAUUCAAAGAUGCCGUUCACAGGUUAGAGCAAGAGUCAGGGUUUUUCUUCAACAUGAGGUAUUUUGAGGAUAUGGUGACCAGUGGGGAGUGGGAGGAGGUGGAGAAGUACCUCUCCGGUUUCACGAAGGUUGAUGACAAUAGGUACUCGAUGAAAAUCUUCUUCGAGAUUCGCAAGCAGAAAUACCUCGAAGCUUUAGACAAGAGGGAUCGUGCUAAAGCUGUGGAUAUUUUAGUUAAGGACUUGAAAGUGUUCGCAGCAUUUAAUGAAGAGCUUUUUAAGGAAAUUACGCAGCUAUUGACUUUGGAAAACUUUCGAGAUAAUGAACAGCUGUCUAAAUAUGGAGAUACUAAAUCUGCUAGGGGAUUAAUGCUUGCUGAACUAAAAAAGUUGAUAGAGGCUAACCCACUUUUUCGAGAUAAGCUUCAAUUUCCUCCCUUGAAGAACUCAAGAUUGCGAACACUAAUUAAUCAGAGUUUAAAUUGGCAGCAUCAACUUUGUAAGAAUCCAAGGCCUAACCCUGACAUUAAGACACUAUUUGUAGACCACAGUUGCGGAACACCAAAUGGUGCACGGGCCCCAUCUCCCGUCACAAAUCCCUUAAUGGGUGGUGUCCCUAAGGCUGGGGUUUUCCCGCCACUGAGUGCUCAUGGUCCAUUUCAGCCCACACCGGUUGCUCUUCCAACAUCUCUUGCUGGAUGGAUGGCUAAUUCAUCUCCUGUGCCUCACCCUUCAGCCUCUGCAGGACCCAUCGGUAUGACUGCUGCUAACAACUCAGCCAUCUUGAAGCGCCCUAGAACGCCCCCUACCAAUAACCCAGUUAUGGACUAUCAAACAGCUGAUUCUGAGCAUGUGUUGAAGAGACCAAGACAUUUUGGAAUAUCAGAUGAGGUCAACAAUCUGCCAGUAAAUAUUCUGCCUGUGGCAUACACCCCCCAAAGCCAUGGUCAAAGUUACCAUGGUACCGACGAUUUGCCCAAAACUGUUGUUAUGACUUUAAAUCAGGGAUCAGCUGUCAAGAGUAUGGAUUUCCAUCCAGUGCAACAAAUUCUUCUUCUGGUUGGAACAAGCAUGGGUGAUGUCAUGUUAUGGGAGUUAGGUAGCCGUGAAAGGAUUGCUCUUAGAAAUUUUAAAGUAUGGGAUCUUGGAGUAUGUUCAAUUGCCCUGCAGGCAUCUCUGACCAAUGAUUAUACAGCAUCGGUAAAUCGCGUGAUGUGGAGCCCUGAUGGAACGCUUGUUGGUGUUGCAUACACUAAGCAUAUUGUGCACCUUUACUCAUAUCAUGGUGGUGAUGGUCUGCGAAACCACUUGGAGAUUGAGGCCCAUGUUGGUAGUGUUAAUGAUCUCGCUUUCUCUUAUCCAAACAAACAACUAUGUGUUGUCACUUGUGGCGAGGACAGAGUCAUUAAGGUGUGGGAUGCAGUCACUGGGACCAAGCAGUAUACUUUUGAGGGUCAUGAAGCACCUGUAUAUUCUGUAUGUCCACAUCACAAAGAAAAUAUUCAGUUCAUCUUCUCAACUGCAACUGAUGGAAAGAUAAAGGCAUGGUUGUAUGAUAACAUGGGUUCGAGAGUUGACUAUGAUGCACCAGGCCAUUCAUCUACCACAAUGGCAUACAGUGCUGACGGGACAAGAUUGUUCUCAUGUGGGACAAACAAAGAAGGAGAAUCAUUUCUAGUAGAAUGGAAUGAAAGUGAAGGUGCUGUCAGGCGCACAUAUCAUGGUCUUCCAAGGCGUGCACACACCGGGGUUGUGCAAUUUGAUACAACUAAAAAUCGGUGGUUAGCUGCUGGUGAUGAAAACCUGAUCAAAUUCUGGGACAUGGACAGAGAGAGGUUAUUAGUAACUACUGAAGUGGAGGGCUCUCUACCGGCUUCUCCUUGUAUUAGAUUUAACAAGGAAGGAAUAUUUUUAGCUGUCUCAACGAAUGAUAAUGGUGUUAAAAUCUUAGCAAAUCCAGACGGAAUUCGGCUGCUAAAAACAGUGGAGAAUCGCACAUUUGAUGCUUCUAGAGUUGCUUCUGCGGCUAUUGUUAAGGCUCCUGCAGUAGGCACCUUUGGAUCUGCCGUUGUAACUAUUGGAACAAGCAUUGGAGAUCGUGCUCCUCCAGUAGCAGCAAUGGUUGCAAUGAACAGUGAUAGUCGAAGUGUGGACAUAAAACCCAGAAUUGCUGAUGAUUCAGUCGAUAAGUCUAGGAUCUGGAAACUUACAGAGAUCAAUGAACCAUCACAAUGCUGCUCCCUGAGGCUCCCUGAUAGUUUACCACCAGUAAGGGUUUCAAGAUUAAUUUAUACAAAUUCAGGUCUAGCCAUAUUGGCCUUGGCAUCUAAUGCUGUACACAAGCUCUGGAAGUGGCAAAGAAAUGAUCGAAAUUUAACAGGGAAGGCCACAGCUAGUGUAGUACCUCAAUUAUGGCAACCUCCAAGCGGAAUACUAAUGACAAAUGAUGUAAGCGAAACAAAUCCUGAUGAUGCUGUUCCAUGUUUUGCACUGUCAAAGAAUGACUCUUAUGUCAUGUCAGCUUCAGGGGGGAAAAUUUCAUUAUUCAAUAUGAUGACAUUCAAGACAAUGACAACAUUCAUGCCCCCACCUCCAGCAGCUACAUUUCUUGCAUUUCACCCUCAAGACAAUAACAUUAUUGCAAUUGGCAUGGAAGACUCUUCUAUUCAAAUCUAUAAUGUUCGGGUGGAUGAGGUUAAGACCAAGCUGAAAGGUCAUCAGAAAAGAAUUACAGGCCUUGCUUUCUCUCACACUCUAAAUGUGCUUGUUUCAUCGGGGGCUGAUUCUCAGCUAUGUCUAUGGAGCACAGAUGGAUGGGAGAAGCAGGCUAGUAAAUUCUUGCAGAUUCCAAGUGGGCGAGCUGCAGCUCCUCUUGUAGAUACACGAGUUCAAUUUCAUCUAGAUCAGAUACAUUUGCUGGUUGUUCAUGAAACGCAGAUAGCCAUAUAUGAUGUACCUAAAUUAGAUUGCCUUAAGCAGUGGGUCCCACGGGAAGCUAGUGGUCCAAUCACGCAUGCUACGUAUUCCUGUGAUAGCCAGUCAAUAUACGUGAGCUUUGAAGAUGGAAGUGUGGGUGUUCUGACUGCUUCAACGCUAAGACUGAGAUGUCGAAUAAAUCCAACUGCUUAUCUGCCUCCCAAACCCAGCAUGAGAGUGCACCCUCUUGUCGUUGCGGCACAUCCAUCCGAACCCAAUCAGUUUGCAUUGGGUCUUGCAGAUGGUGGAGUCCAUAUAAUCGAGCCAUUAGAGUCAGAAGGAAAAUGGGGCACCUCCCCUCCGACUGAAAAUGGUGCUGGACCUAGCACCACUUCUGGUACAGUUGGUUCAGAUCAACCCCAAAGGUGACAGAUCCAUGUCUACUUUCACUAAGGAAUUUCAAUGUAUGUAUCUCUUUCAUGUGACCCCACACCCGGUCACAGCAUAUUAGAUUUUCUAGGGAAGCUGUGGAGUUUAGGUAUUAUAUAGUUUUAGGAUACAUCAACUCAACCCAGCAGGGUUUGCUAGUGACAUCUUAAUACCAAUUUGUUGUUGAUCCAUAGUGGCAAUUGAUUCCCUUCAUUUAACAUGAUUGGAGAAGUACGAGUUUAUGAUGUAAAUUUGGAGGAAGGUAAAGGUCUCUGUCUAACUAUAGAGGUACUCAGGGUCGUGAGUUGCUUUGGUCGCAGGCGCUGGCUGCUUUUAUCAUUUGAUUUUUCACCAAGUUAGUCUUUAGUUUUUUUCCCUUUUUUCUCCCCUCAUAAAAUGAGUUGUGAAACAGAGACAUUGUUAGGUAUUUUUAUGUGGCAAGUAUAAUUUUGGUUACUUUGUCCA